AUGGCCGCCGUGGCGCUGGGUCCUCUUGGGCGUGCUCUGCGCUUGCGGAGCUGGCUUUCGGAGACUUGGCUGACUCACAUGAGAGACACCCACCACCGAGCUUCUUUGCUGUCCUUCUGGGAACUCAUUCCGAUGAGAGCAGAACCUCUUCGAAAGAAGAAGAAAGUAGAUCCUAAAAGAGACCAAGCAGCAAAGGACCGUUUGAAGAAGAGGAUCCGACGACUGGAAAAAGCUAGCCAAGAACUAAUUCCCAUAGAAGAUUUUAUUACCCCGGUGAAGUUCUUAGAUAAAGCGAGACAGCGGCCUCAGGUCGAGCUCCCCUUUGAGGAGACUGAGAGGAGAGCGCUGCUUCUGAAGAAGUGGUCCCUGUACAAGCAGCAAGAGCAGGAGAUGGAGAGGGCCGCCGUCAAGUCGUUGCUGGAAGCCCAGCAGGAGGCACUGCAGGAGCUGUGCCUCGCCUCCCCAGAGCUCCACGCAGAGGCCAUCAAGCGGGACCCCAGACUGCUCCCUUUUGAAAGCGAAGGGCCACAUCACACACCACCAGUCCCUAACUACCAGCCCCCUGAAGGCAAGUACAACAACAUCACCAAGGUGUACACACAGGUACAGUUCAAGAGAUAA